AGACCCUCACUUCAUGUGGGGAACAGGGGAUCUCUCUGGGGUAAACAUACGACACAGAUCCGGCUAAAACUGAAGACGUAGCUCUGAGUAGUCAUCAGCUCCCUGGGCUAAUCCCAUUAUGACACUGCACAUACACACACAGAUCACAGACAAACCCCAUACACACACUUCAUCAGCAUUGCUGAUGCUCAUCAGACCAAUUAGACCCUAGACAUAAACCAAUCAGACACACACUACAUACCUAUGCACACAUUAAGCAGCACACACAAACAUUGGAACACCUGUCGCCCUGCUACACCUGCAACAGAGAGCGCUGUGUCUACAUGUUCUCAGGCGUUUCUCUCCACGGAAAAUGAAAACGGAUGUUGUAGCCCAAAUCGAAGUUAUACCAUGCAAAAUCUGCGGGGACAAGUCAUCAGGGAUCCACUACGGAGUAAUCACGUGUGAGGGCUGCAAAGGGUUCUUCAGACGGAGUCAGCAGAACAAUGCUGCGUAUUCCUGCCCUCGUCAGAGGAACUGCCUGAUUGAUAGGACCAACCGAAAUCGCUGCCAGCACUGUCGCUUACAGAAGUGUCUCGCACUGGGAAUGUCCCGAGAUGCGGUCAAGUUUGGCCGCAUGUCCAAGAAGCAGCGCGACAGCCUGUACGCCGAGGUGCAGAAGCACCAGCUGCGCAUCCAGAACGAGCGGCAGCAGCAGGCGGGCGAGGCCGAGGCCCUGGCGCGCGUCUACUCCUCCAGCCUGACCAACGGCCUCAGCACGCUCAACCACGAGAUCGGAGGCACCUACGCCAACGGCCACGUCAUCGAGCUCCCCAAGGGCCAGCUGAACGCCGCCCCGGGGGGUUACUACCACGGGAUGGACUCCACCCAGCCCUCCCCGGACCAGUCGGGUUUGGACAUGGCCGGCAUGAAGCACAUCAAACAGGAGCCGGUGUACGACCUGACCCCCGCGGCCGACCUCAUCAACUACAGCCCCUACCAGGACGGUCAGCUGGGGCCCGGUAGCGUCAGCAUGGGAGAACUAGAUCGUAUUGCCCAGAACAUUAUAAAGUCUCAUCUGGAGACGUGUCAGUACACAGCAGAGGAGCUACAACAGCUGGCCUGGCAAACACACUCCUACGAUGACAUCAAGAUGUACCAGAGUAAAACGCGAGACGUCCUGUGGCAGCAGUGCGCCAUCCAGAUCACCCAUGCCAUCCAGUAUGUGGUGGAGUUCGCCAAGCGCAUCUCGGGCUUCAUGGAGCUGUGCCAGAACGACCAGAUCCUCCUGCUGAAGUCAGGCUGUCUGGAGGUGGUGUUGGUUAGAAUGUGUCGGGCGUUCAACCCGCUGAACAACACAGUGCUGUUUGAGGGGAAGUACGGGGGCAUGCAGAUGUUCAAAGCACUAGGCUGUGACUCCCUGGUCAGCGCAGUGUUUGACUUCGCCAAGAGUCUGUGCUCCCUGCAGCUCACCGAGGAGGAGAUUGCGCUGUUCUCUGCAGCCGUGCUCAUCUCAACAGACCGGCCGUGGCUCAUGGAGCCCAGGAAGGUGCAGAAGCUCCAGGAGAAAAUCUACUUUGCGCUGCAGCACAUCAUGCAGAAGAACCACAUGGAUGAGGACGCCCUGGCUAAGCUGAUCGGUCGGAUCCCCACGCUGUCGGCCCUAUGUACUCUCCACACAGAGGAGCUGCAGGCUUUCCAGCUGCUCCACCCAGAGACAGUCAACAUGCUCUUCCCCCCGCUCUACAAGGAGCUGUUCAACCCUGACCCCAAUGCGGCCAUCUCCAUGCCCAAGUGACUGCCCACGGUCCAGUCUCGGAGAAUGGACAUGGACGUGACCGCAGACACAUCAUUAGAGCAACCGCAAAGCUCGGACCCCAAGCCCGGACAGUCCAGACACUUACAGCCGCAAACACUAGGAAUGUCCAGCACUUAUCCGACCCAAUACACCGAUACAGUCUAAAGAAUGUAUAUAACGCACCCACAUUCAUGGGGCUCUUCAGAACUGACCAGAAAUGUACAGACUUUAACUAGCAAAUGUAAGCUGUCUUUUAACUGGGUAAGUUGAUUUGUUUAUCUUUUUUUUUUUUUUAAACAUGAUAUUGUUUUAUUGAAGGUGGGGGAGGGAUUUGUGUGGAUUCAGAAAAGCUAUAGUAGAUAUUCUUUAGUGCAGAGCGAAUUCCAGUAUUACUUAUUUUUCUGUUAAUAUUUUAGCCCUAAUUUAAAAGUGCAGCAACCGUAUGUGGCUGAAACCUUGUCUAUGUGUUUUUUAUUUUAUAGUUUCAGGAGUACAGAAUUUUUUUAUUGAAAAGAAUUGUUGAAGAAUAUUGGGGUAACCCUGGGGGUAAUUUUGUUAUGUCAAGGAAGCCUUGUCUGGACCCUGUUGAUACUGUAUUUGUAGAGGAUUUUGCGUCUUUCCAACUCUAAAAGGAUAAAAAGUCUACUUUUCAAGCUGAAUAUAUGUACAUAAAUAUUAUAUUUUGGGCGAAAACAAACAAAAAAAAAACAUUCUGGCAGAUUGCUAUCCUGUCGAUAAUUUUUUGUCGCCGCAAUAACUCCGUCCAUCAAAGCUGGACUGCUAUCGAACAAUCAGAUCAAAUUGCAGAUUAUAGUAGGAGGACCUGUGUUCUCCCCCAGCCCCACCACAACACCACAGCUGGCCGAAACUACUGUCCGGGGGUCUUUCAUGAUGACAUCCUCAGCCAGGGAAUAACAACCGCAGUCACUGCAUGAACCUCAUGUUUUCAACCCCCCCCCAAACCCCCACCACCAACCACCAAUCCUCUCAUUCCCGUUUUGCACAAUGUCCGCCCAUGAUAAUCACUGGGCCUCUUAAGUAAAGAAACUGUUUUCUUUCCCUCCCCGUAUUUCUCUGUCCAACCUGAUCCUUCUGCAAUGGUCAGUCACAGAGUGGUCACGAUUGGCUGCAUGCACGCCAGUAUGUCCGCUGGUCAUUUCAUUCCGUCUGGCUGGCAAUAUCCAGACAUUCUAUGUUCCUGAGUAAAAUAGGACGUGUCACAGCACACACUGCAGAUCUUGCACUGCUUAUUCCCGGGACGCCUUUCCGGAUCAUGAAAAAAAAGAACAGGGUAAUAGAUAUUCAUCACUGAAACGUUUGCCACUUAAAAUUGCAAUACAUUGUGCAAUCUUUACAGUAAACUAUGAUCGACAAUCACUUCCUGUUUUGUUUUAUUUAUUUAUUACAACUUAGCAUGUUUUUUUGAAAUAUUAUUGUUAAAGAUUGAAUGGACAUGUUUCUCGCACUGUGGCCAAAUUAUUCUGGAGACUAGAUGCUAGCCAGUGUCAGUGUGCAUAACAGCAGAACCUGCAAUGUUUCCCUGUAGCUAGUUGUUCCCUCAUAUGCAGUGAAUACUAUGCCAUGUUGUCAUCCUCCGAACAAGCUGAGGAUGAGCUUCUCCUAGUUAUAGAAUCCCAUAAUGCCUGGGCCCCAUAACCCCUAGCCCAAACAAGACUGCCCACUCGUCCCCUCAUAGGUCUGAGGUCAGUGGCUUGUUGAAGACAAUCACUUGCGUCUCGAUGCGCUACACAGCAUCUCUCUCAGGGAGAAAACUUUUGUUUUGUUUUCGCAUUAAAAAAUAUGAUCUCAAUAUUUUUGAAAAAUGUACUCGUUUUGGGGAAAUAUAAAUAUGCUGGUGGCUCCCAGUGAAGGACUCUACCCAGACAAGGCUUUGGUGUGUGUGUGUACCUGUGUCUGUGUGUGUGGGUGUGUGUAUGUGUGUGUGUGUGUGUGUGUGUGUGUGGGUGUGUGGGUGUUUCUGUGUCUGCGUUCGUGUGUGUGUGUGUGUGUGUGUGGUCCAUUGACUGAGGAGAGCCUAUUACAAAAAUAAAUCAGAAAAUCCUGAGAAGAAAAUGUUCAGGUGAAUUUGUAAAACCACCCUCUUCUAUGUGUGCUGCUUGCUUUACAAUGAAGGAAGACCAAGAUGGCGUCCACCCAGACCAUGCCUAGGCUGUAGGACAGUGAAUUCAAGCCAACAUUGUUUUUAUUUUCCCUUGCUAGACUGUGAAU